UCCUAAUGAUGCAAUUUGCAGAAGGGAAGAUUUCAUGUUUAGAUCUUCGAGAAAAAAAAAAAAUCAUGUUCUUCGACGGUUUCACAACUGGGGCGAGGACUUCAAUUGAAAAUUUGGUGCAUUGGCGAAUUUUCCUUGGUUCCUGAACUUCUGUUCUGCUCCACCGCAAUUGAAGUAGUACCAUCGCGCCGGCGCCGGCGCCGGUAACUCCUCUUCUCCGGUGAUUUAUCUGAUGAAGCCUUGGGCUAGGAUUUGUUUGUAAAAUCAUGAAUUAUCUUAUUGGAGCUUUCAAACCACCAUGUAACAUUUCAGUUACAUUUGCUGAUGGAAGAACUCGGAAACAGGUUGCGUUAAAGAAGGAAAAUGGUCAAGUGGCAAUGGUUCCUUUGUUCCAAAGUCAAGAAAGCAUUGUUGGGGAGGUUUCUAUAGAACCAACUCUAGGAAAAAAGGUUGAGCACAAUGGUGUGAAAAUUGAGCUCCUUGGCCAGAUAGAGUUGUACUUUGACAGAGGCAACUUUUAUGAUUUUACUUCCCUUGUACGUGAACUUGAUGUGCCUGGUGAAAUAUAUGAAAAGAAAACAUACCCUUUUGAAUUUUCUACUGUUGAGAUGCCAUACGAAUCAUAUAAUGGUGUCAACGUAAGGCUUAGGUAUAUUCUGAAAGUAACCAUUAGUCGUAACUUUGUAAGCAACAUUGUAGAAUACCAAGAUUUUGUGGUUCGCAACUUCACACCACUUCCAUCAAUCAAUAACAGCAUUAAGAUGGAAGUUGGUAUUGAAGACUGCCUACACAUCGAGUUCGAGUAUAGUAAAAGCAAGUAUCAUCUGAAGGAUAUUAUCAUAGGAAAAAUAUAUUUUCUUCUUGUAAGAAUCAAAAUAAAAAAUAUGGAGCUUGAGAUCAGACGUCGAGAGUCAACAGGAUCAGGUCCUAAUACAUAUGUUGAGACAGAGACCCUCGCAAAAUUUGAAUUGAUGGAUGGUGCUCCAGUUAGAGGUGAGUCAAUUCCAAUCAGGUUAUUUCUGAGUCCAUAUGAACUCACGCCAACUUAUCGCAACAUCAACAACAAGUUCAGUGUGAAGUAUUAUUUGAAUCUUGUUCUUGUUGAUGAGGAGGAUAGACGGUAUUUCAAACAGCAAGAAAUUACAGUUUAUCGCCUUCUUGAAACUUCUUGAUUUCAUGGCACAAAAUAUUUGUAUUUCAUCCUGGAAAAAGAUUUUCUGUGGCACCUUCCUGUAAUUGGAUGGUUUGUAGGAAUUUUGGAGGGCUUCGUGUCUACAUUCAUCUGGCAAGUUGUUGGUUCUAUGAUUCUGAAGGUGUCUGUUAUGUCUUAGUUUUCUUCCUCCCGUCGGCUGUCAUUAUAUUUGUGAAUAAAGCACAUCGUGGGAAGGAGGAAUAUCUUUACUUGUUUGAAUGGGAAUAUGUUGUUUAUGUUUCCUUGACAUCACAUCAUUUACACAAACUACCAUUUUAAUUUUAGUUUACAGUUACUCAUUUGUUCAA